AUGAACUCGUUAUCUCUCAAAGUAGGGAAUUUGGAAAAUGAAGUUAAUAUAUUAAAGGUCAAGGGUCAAGAUAUGGAGCAAAGCUGCAGAGUAAUAAGUGAUAUGUAUGAUGAGGUGAAGAAUGCAUCAAAAAAGCAAGGGGAUGAAUUACAGAGGCUGAAAAGAGCAGUCCACACACAUACGCCUAUAAAAGGGAACUUUGAAAGUCUCGAAAAACUAGUGAAUGAGUUGAAAUCUGAUAAAGAUGAAUUGAAACGGAGUGUAACAGAUUUAAAGUGGCGCUCUAUGAAGAACAACCUGGUGUUCAGUGGUUUAUUGGAGUCACCCAAAGCGAAUACAGAAUCACUUCUCCGAGAGUUUCUACACGUAGAAUUGAACAUCCAGCACCAUAUUGAGCUUGGUAAUGUUCAUCGAUUUGGAAAGUUCAUUCGUGGAAAAAGAAGGUCAAUCGUCGCUCGCUUCAUCUACAACAAUGACAGAUCCUUAGUGUUGAAGCGGUCAGGUAUGUUAGCAGGAACUUCGUUCUAUAUCAUUGAACAAUUCCCUUCAGAAGUUGAACAAAAACGAAGGCAACUUUACCCAACAUAUAAAGACCUAAAAGCCAAACACCAUAAGGUCAAGCUUGUCAGAGACAAGCUCAUAGUGGACGGCAAGUUGUACACGGGGCCUUUGGUAAGUAGUGACGUCAGAGCGAAGAAUAGCAACCCGCGACAGACCAGAACAUAUAGUGACGUUGCUCAAAGUCCGUCAAAUGGGUCUCCUGGUUCGCAUGCCCAACCGACAAAACGUUCGCGCUUCAACAGCAACGCUGAGUCCCCAAGGCGCCCUGCCCGUUUCUCGCCAUCUUCCUCACCUGUGUCAUCAGAUGAAACUACCCUUAAGUCUGUAUAG